CUUAUUCCAGUGGGCUUCACACAGCCUGACUCUCCCAAACUUAUUCGCAUGUAGCUGUUUCCACAUCAUAUGUUGGCGCACGGAUUCCCUCUGCUCUGCGACCUAUUCUUAUAACUUUUCAAAUGGAUUUAAUAAUAUCAUCGCUUUUAUUUUUUAUUUAUGUAACACUAGUUUCAGUGAAUUGCAGUCCCGGGCCUUUAUCGGAUGUUAUGGUCGAUCGGUACUACAUACCUAAUCUUUGUCCUCGAGAGGUGCAGACAGAAGAUUUUGUCCGCUAUCAUUUUAACGGAUCUUUCUAUUCAGACGGGAAGAAGUUUGACUCCAGUCACGACCGAGGCAAAGCCUUCACCAGCCAGGUCGGCCUGGGCAGACUCAUUGCAGGGAUGGAUCGUGGUCUUCAAGGCAUGUGUGUCAAUGAACGCAGGAGGAUCACAGUCCCCCCACAUCUGGCUUUUGGAAGCAUCGGAACAGGUGGUGUAAUCCCCCCUGAUGCUGUGUUGGUGUAUGAUGUUCUCCUGCUGGACAUAUGGAACACUGAGGACAAAGUCCAGAUCCGCACAAUCGGCAAGCCUGCGAUCUGCAAGCGGGCCACUGUGGCAUCAGAUUUUGUCCGUUACCACUACAACGGUACCCUGUUGUCUGGGGAAACCUUUGACUCCAGUUACUCAAAGAAUGCCACGUAUGACACCUACUUGGGACAGGACGACCUCAUUAAAGGCAUGGAGGAGGGUCUCCUGGGGAUGUGUGUUGGAGAGAGACGGACCAUCAUUGUUCCCCCCUUCCUGGCAUAUGGAGAGAAAGGCUAUGGAACUAUAGUCCCUUCUCAGGCUACUCUGGUGUUCGAAGUGCUGCUGGUUGAUGUGUUCAACCCUAAGGAUGAUCUAAUCGUGGAGGUGAAGGAGGUGCCUGAAGGCUGCACCCGCAAGACUGUGACUGGAGAUUACAUUCGCUAUCACUACAACGGUACCUUCCAGGAUGGCACAGCCUUCGAUUCAAGCUACCAGAGGAACAGCACCUACAAUACUUAUAUCGGCAUGGGCUAUGUGAUCCACGGGAUGGACAAAGCUCUGCAGGGGCUGUGCAUAGGAGAGAAAAGGAGGAUUAUAAUUCCUCCUCACAUGGCAUAUGGCGAAGGCGGCACUGGAAACCUCAUUCCUGGCUCUGCUGUGCUGGUCUUUGACAUUCAUGUCAUUGAUUUUCACAACCCCAAAGAUCCAGUCCAGAUUAAAGUUACCCACAAGCCUCAGGAAUGCAAUGUGACCAGUGAAGCUGAUGAUCUGAUCCAGUAUCGUUAUAACUGCUCCUUGAUGGAUGGCACCUUGCUGUACUCCUCGGACCAGUACGACUCACAUUCCACCACAACGCUCGGUGCAAACAAGGUGAUCCUGGGUCUGGAGGAGGGUUUAAGUGGCAUGUGUGUGGGCGAGAGGAGGGAGGUGGUCAUUCCACCCCACUCGGGACAUGGUGAAAACGGAGCCGGAGGAGUUCCCGGGAGUGCAGUGCUGGUCUUUGAGCUGGAACUGAUGGAGCUGCAGAAGGGUGUGCCUGAAGGUUUUAUGUUCGUGUGGCUGGGAGAUGGCCCAGAUCCCCUCUUUCCUGCUAUGGAUCUCAAUGGUGACAAUGAGGUCCCUCUAGAGGAGUUUUCAUCCUUCAUCAUGAUCCAAGUUAAAGAGGGGAAAGGUCGUCUUCGGCCAGGGGUUGAUGCAGAUGAGGUCAUUAAGGACAUGUUCAAUAAUCUAGACCAUAAUAAAGAUGGGAAGAUUGUCGAAGAUGAACUGAAACAGGAGGUGGAUGAGGAGCCUAAACAAGCGACACGAGAUGAGCUGUAAAGGAGACGUAUACAGUGUUUCAGCAGUGCUAACGGACAUAUGCUUUGGCUGGGAUUAUAUUGUUGUCUUAGCAAUUGUCAUGAAGCCAUUUUGAAAAUGUUUCAGAAACACUGUUAAACCUUAAGUUAUAGCAGACUUUUAAAAUCAAUCAGUGACAUUUCACACCUUCUGCAGUAGAAUAAGUCAAACCAUUCCAACAACCGACAACACUUACAGCACAAGAAAUGUUUACAUUUAUUUUAAAAAGCUAUAUUGGAUUCAAGCAUUUAUAAUGAACUAUUUAAGGAAGUAUUUGGACAAGGUCCAUCUUAUGGAAUUUUCCACCUUGUAUAAACAUAUUGUGACAAGCUAUGGAUCUAGAGUGAAUGUUGUGCCCUAUUCACUUCCACUUGAUGUAAAAAUGAUGAAAAACCACUGGUUGGAGAGUGUUUAGGGAGUGGCCAGUUUGUACAAUCACAGAAAAUCUGUUGUGUGUUUUAUGGAACAUCAAAUAAACAAUUUUAUAGUUAAAUAUGGACUGUACCAGCUUUACUUAUUACACUCUUCCUGGCCAGACACAUACUGCAAAAUAGUUGGGCAGCUUUUUAUAUAGUGGCCUGUUUGUAAUGAAACAAAGAUCACAGUCAGACUGAACCAUUUAAUUUAGACAAGUUGAAACAGUUUGGACAAAAGAAGAAAGAAUUGCACUUAACUGUAAGAAGCACACUGUCCACAAAUGACAGACAAAAAGUCACUGUCAUCCUCAGCUGCUGUUAUAAAAAUAACCUAAGAUUUUUAGAAACUUCAGUUUGUUCCACAGAAAGUGACAUAUUUUAAUUAUUUUU